AUGUUCCCCUUUGCACUACCUUUGAGUGCAACAUGGAAUAUGACCUUGAACGAACAAAGUGCGCGUACCGCAGUCCAAGAGGCAACUGCAGAUGCUCUCAUUUGGGUGUUUUCGCCUAUUGUUGAUAUUGCACGUGAUCCACGUUGGAGAAGAAUCAUGGAAGGUGCUGAUGAAGAUCCGUUGUUAGGCAGUCAAGUCGUGGCUGCGAUGAAGAGCCAAAUCAUCCUAGACAACCGAACAAUGACACAGAGAAUCGAUGAAACAGUUGCAGCUACGCAGAAGUCUAAUGUAUUCAUUGCAGUCAUCGGACAAAUCACAAAAUAUGACCAGAGAGAAGCAUCUAGUCGAGCAGAUAUUGGAUUACCUGUAUGUCCACAACGGUUACUUCACGCACUAUUUCGAACUGUAUGGAACAGCAAUUUUAGAAGCACGGAAACAGGCAAUUCAGUAGCUGCAGUACUUUUUGAGUAUUACAAUCCAGUUAGUAAGCUAACAGCAAAUAUUUCCACGUUCAGUUGGAUAAAUCUCACUCUAUUACAACCACAAGACCAGCGGCCGCGCAAUUCAAGUGAUUUUCUCGAUCAAUAUAGGAGUCGAUAUUUAGAUAUACCCAAUGAUCCUCUGUAUCCGUUCAACUAUGGUCUUAUUUAUACAACAUUCAGUUUUGGCCCAUUAAACCCUGUUAAAACUGAACUUCACGGAGGCUCGGACCGUUUAACUAUUCGCUUUGCUAUCAGCAAUACGGACGCAUACUAUGUCAAGGAAAUUAUACAAUUGUACAUCGGUGAUCUGGUUGCUAGCGUAACACGAGCGGUACGUGAAUUAAAAACUUUCCAAAGGUAUUUCGCCCAGUUAGACAACGACAAGAAAUUACAGUUAUUGUAA